ACUUUUGCUCAAAUAGCAGUGACAAUUACUUUUGUUUUCGCUUCAUUCCCAGUGAGUUUGCAUACUAUCGUCAAAUUGGAACUCUGGAAUGUAUACAAAAUCCUCACGUACCGCUGGUAAAUCUGUGCGAGGUCUACGGUCCUGGAAGGGAACUCAGUCACAACAUGGAGUACAGACGCAUUCCUGGUGAUCAGUGUGUUGGAGGCUGGCAGCCACCACAGCUAGGCGAAGCAAUUCUGAGUGCCAUUGCCACCUGUGGGAACAAUACCCAGAUCAGAGAAGUCAAGUCUGAUCCGGGCAUUUCUCCGGCUGCCACUGCAGUCCUGAUCACAAUUGCAUUGGUCUUCAUCAUCGUACUUGGUAGUCUCUGUUAUCGUCGGACAAAACGUUUCGCAUCCCAUUCUAGUACAAGAUCCGGGAUAUUUAGUUCAGUUUCCGAUGAAAUGAACGGGGCAACCUUCCCAUGGCGCUGGAAGGUUAUGAGGAAUGAACCCCUUCCGAUACCUAGCACUGAAUCUUUAUGGCCCCCCACUGACAGGUCUACGCGUUGGAGCACAAACCACAGUUACUCGACCAACGGGCCUGAUAGUCGAGUAAAUACUACGGGAUUUCAAGAUAAGAACGCAAAUUUCAGCGAUUCACGAACUUUCUUCAAACCUCCUGGUCCUACGUUGAGUAGAGACGCCUUAUCCCAUUUUUCUCAGAUGAAACCUUGGUUGGUUGGUAGAUUCCGACAAAGUGAACUUGAUGGGAGAAAUUUACUCGACGCUGAAGAAAUUGGCACUCCUACGGAACCGUCACUUUUGCACAUUGGUGGUCCCAUUUUUAAUGAUCCACUUUCGGAUAUAACGUUAACGGAUCCAACAACAACCAAAUCAUCCAAAUGA